CACUGAGCGAUGUGUAGAACUUGUUGCUCCUUCAUGGCAUAUUCUGGUAGUAACUCUAAUGUUGGAUCAAUUGUGGUCUUCUGGACUUGGUUGAGUUGGUGGUAGCACUUCAAUUACAUAAUAGCACUUGUAUAAUCAGCAAUUAGGAAAGAGUGUACUUAAUAUAUCAGCCUCUUCUCAUCAAAAUUCUUGGGACCCUUAUAUUGUUUUUAUAGCACUUGUUUUUCUCUUUGCAGAAAUGUACUUCAACAAAGGCAAUUUCUAUGACUUCACCUCACUUGUCCGUGAAUUGGAUGUUCCUGGUGAAAUAUAUGAAAGGAAAACAUAUCCAUUUGAAUUUUCAACAGUUGAAAUGCCAUAUGAGACAUACAAUGGAGUGAAUGUCCGACUUCGGUAUGUCCUGAAGGUGACAAUCAGUCGUGGCUAUGCUGGAAGCAUUGUUGAAUACCUAGACUUUGUGGUUCGCAACUAUACUCCACCUCCUCCAAUUAACAACAGUAUUAAGGUUAGUUCUUUUACAUUCAAUUCUGCUUAUACAUGCAUGGCAUGUAGGCGUUAUUAAAGCUCUGUACAUUAAAUGUUAAAAAAGAAAAUUCACAUGGCAACUUUGAUGGUGAGUAUGAAGUCACUUUUUUACCAAUGCUAACGGUGACCAUGUCUAUAUUAUGAGGCCACUCCUCUUGUUGAUGAGGGAUUGAGUAGGGAAUGGGGAGAUAUUUUUUUUCUUUCAGAGAUAUCUAGCAGUUCUUAAUUUGAUUCUCCAUAUACAUGGUACCUUUGUUCUCUUAUCAAAAAUUUAUGUGAUUCAUUAUGCAAAAGCUAAUCAAUGGAUGAUUUUUCCAUUGCUAAUAUUUAUCCCUUGCAGAUGUAAGUUGGAAUUGAGGAUU